CGGCGGCGGCGGUUUGGUUCGGGCCGGGCCGUGAAGGUUGCCGGGAGGGGGCCGUGAAGGUUGCCGGGACGAUGGCCGGGAAUUGGGACAAGGAUGUGUACCCCGAGCCGCCGCGCCGAACCCCGGUCAUCGAGGCCCCCACGGCCGUGCCCAACCCCGUCCACUUCAUCCUGCAAGUCUACAACCUCGUCGUGGACAGGCCCGUCACUUACCUCAGAGACUUCAUCGAGCGCCAACACGCCAAAAACAAGAUCUACUACUACCACCGGCAGUUCCGCCGCGUGCCGGACAUCACGGAGUGCACCCAAGGGGACGUGCUGUGCAUCUAUGAAGCCGAGAUGCAGUGGAAGAGGGAUUUCAAAGUGGACCAGGAGAUCGUCAACAUCGUGCAGGAGAGGAUGAAGGCCUGCCAGCAGCGGGAAGGAGACAGCUACAUCCAGAACUGUGCCCGCGAGGUGCGGCAGUUUGAAGAGGUGGCCAAGGCCUACCAGGACCGAUAUCAGGACCUGGGCGGCUACUCUUCCGCCCGCAAGUGUCUGGCGAAGCAGAAGGAGCGGAUGAUCGCGGAGAGGAAAGCCGCCAAGGAGGCCGCCGCCUAAGCCCCUCCCAUCUCCCCGUCUGUCCGUCCGUCCGCCCGUCUGUCCACAGGAUUCGGGGACCGGGAAGGGUGUGUGCCCCCGCCCCCCGGGAUGAGAGCUGUGGAAUAAAGAUUCUUCAUUUCA